AUGGCGGGGCAAUUGCUCAGCGAUCCUGGAUCUUCACCUUGCCGGUCUUGUCAGCAGCAGGAGCAAAACAUAAAAACCCCCGAUAUAAUAUCCGAGCCAUGGAUGGUGGAGCUUCGCUCGUCUAAGGCCUUCGUUACCUGGGUUGUGGCCAUUGCGGUCUUCACGGACGUCUUUAUAUAUGGCAUGAUCAUACCUAUCCUGCCUGAUGUAUUGAAGACCAGAGUCUCCAUUCCAGAGGACGAAUCUUUUGGAGGGGCGCUCUUUGUCGGUUCUCCAUUCUUCGGCUACCUCGCCGACAAAACCUCCUCUCGCCAAGCACCCUUCAUGGUCGGCCUCCUGGCGCUAGCCGGGUCAACGGUGGUGUUCUGGUUCGCGCGCACAAUCGAAGCGCUGGUCAUUGCGCGCACGUUCCAGGGUCUCUCCUGUGCCGUCGUUUGGACGGUGGGCAUGGCACUCAUCGUGGAUACAAUGGGGAAAGACCAGGUACGGUUAUGGGACCCUUUAUUGGAGGAGUUGUAUAUUGCGCUGCGAUUGAUGAUGAUCGAGCCCAGAACCGCCAACAGAUGGGUUGACGACGCCCACGCCGAAUCGGAGUCCGAGUCAGGGACAGAAACAGAGAGACUCAUGUCCCCGGCCACAGCUACGCUUGCCUCUGCAUACGAAUCUAUCCCGAGAGUACAUGAACAACCACGCGAUUUCGAAUCUCAGAGCCGACAUUCGACCUCCAAGUCCGUCGCAGAGGGCUUAACACCGACAAGGAGCUCCAUGCCCGGCAUACUCCGCAUGAUGUGCUCGGUCACCCUCCUCAUCGUCCUGCAAGCAACCCUCGUCGAAGCAAUGGCCUGGGCCUCGUUCGACUCCGUUCUCCCCCUCUACGUCCGCUCUACAUUCUCCAUGACACCCCUCGGAAUAGGCCUAUGCUUUAUCCCCCUUUUCCUCCCCUCCUUCCUAUCCGCACUUAUCGGCACCGCCGUCGACAAGCAUGGAAGCCGUCCCAUCGCCAUUUUGGGCUUUGUUAUUGACGUGCCGGCAUUCUUCCUCCUCCGCCUCGUAUCAUCCAAUACCCUCCGUGAUCAAACCAUCCUCUAUUUCCUCCUCUUCUUCGCGGGCCUUGCUGCAGCGCUGAAGACCGUCUCGCUGAUGGUGGAAGUUACCCGAGCCAUUGAGACGAAGGAGCGGCUGUGCCCUGGGAUUUUUGGGGAGAAGGGAGGCACGGCGCAAGCGUAUGGGUUGUUCAAUGCUGCUUGGAGUGGGGGACAGGUUGCCGGGCCGCUUGUGGCUGGGUGGUUGGUUGAUUCCUGGGGAUGGGAUGUUAUGGUUAGCGUGUUUGGGGGAAUUAGUGCGGUUACAGCGGUGGGUUUGCUUGUCACAACGGCGACAACGAAGAGAGAGAAGAAGUAA